GAUUUUACAUUUUACGGUACACAAGCCGCGGAACGCAAAAGGCAAAGGCUGCAAGAAAAGUGUCUUUAAUUGCUAAUUAUGCCUGCAAUAUCGAUUUUAAUUGAUUAAGAUUCUUGGAAUUUGUGUAUCUAAACAUGUUUUCGCUUUGUAAAGAGACGCAUCCGCCAACGGGGGUAGAGCACUCGAUCUCGUGCCACUUUUUUAACCGCACCGAAAAGUCUCUUGUUGUUGCCGGCGCCAAUGUGCUCAGAGUAUUUCGUCUGCUACCAGAUGUGGAUCAUCGCAAAAAAGAAAAAUAUGGAGAAAACCGGCCGCCGAAAAUGAAGCUGGAGUGCCUGGCGACAUUUACCCUGUGGGGCAACGUUGUUUCUUUGUCCAGUGCCACACUGUCUGGUUCGGCCAGAGACGCCCUGCUGAUCAGCUUCAGAGAAGCAAAACUGUCCCUCGUCGAGUACGACCCAGACAGGAAUGACCUGCGAACCCUCUCCCUGCAUUAUUUUGAGGACGAUGAUAUGAGGGGCGGAUGGACCCACAUGGAGCACCGUUUGCCUGAUGUUAGAGUAGACCCUGAGAGCAGGUGUGCUGUGAUGCUGGGGUACGGACGGAAACUUAUUAUCCUUCCGUUUCGGAAAGAACCAUCCCCAGAAGACGCAGAACUUCUUCAGCCUUCUAUCACAGUUGAUGUGAAACCUACAGCCCAGCAACUUGCAAAUGCAGCCAAUGCUAAUACAAAAUCUCCAGUAUUAGCAUCCUAUUCGAUUGCUCUGAAAGAUUUGGACGAGAAGAUGGACAACAUAAUUGACGUCCAAUUCCUGCAUGGCUAUUAUGAACCCACUAUCCUCAUUCUCUUUGAGCCCAUAAAAACGUUUCCAGGGCGCUUGGCAGUGAGGAAAGACACAUGCAGCAUGGUGGCUGUCUCUUUAAGUUUAAACACUCGUGUCCACCCUACCAUUUGGUCUGUGUCCGGUCUGCCCCACGACUGUCUGCAAGCAGUGGCUGUGCGGAAACCCCUUGGAGGCACUUUGAUCUUGGCCACCAAUUCCAUUUUGUAUUUAAACCAGAGCGUCCCACCUUACGGAGUUGCAGUCAACUGUAUUGCUGACACCUCUACGAACUUCCUUCUCAAAACGCAGACGUCGUUGAACUUGAGCUUUGACUCUGCACAAGCGUGUUUUAUCGGAAAUGACAAAUUAGUAGUAUCACUGCACGGUGGAGAAUUGUAUGUUGUUUCUCUAAUGGCAGACAGUAUGAGAAGUGUGAGAGGUUUCCACUUUGAAAGGGCAGCUGCAAGUGUCCUCACAACUUGUAUCACUCUCUAUGAGGACAACUACCUCUUCCUAGGAUCCAGAUUAGGAAAUUCCUUGCUUCUGAGGUAUACCAAGAAAGAUGAAGUGCCAUCUGUUUCUGUAAAUGGACAUGAAGAAGAUGACGAUGUUGUCAUUGUGAAUGACAAACAAGACGAUUCAGAGCCUCCGUCUAAGAAAAAGAAGCACUUGGAUAAUUUAGGUGACUGCAUGGCAACAAAUGUUGCCGAAUUAAAGGAUCCCGAAGAACUUGAAGUGUACGGAAAGGAGGACAAAGCGUCUGUACAGAUCACAUCUUAUUCUUUUGAGGUUUGCGACAGCUUGCUCAACAUAGGACCUUGUGGAAACAUCUCAAUUGGCGAGCCUGCGUUCUUGUCCGAAGAAUUUUCCACCUCAGCCAAUCCAGACUUGGAACUACUGACAACAGCCGGCCACGGAAAAAACGGUGCUCUUUGCGUUCUGCAAAGGUCUGUGCGGCCGCAAGUGGUGACGACGUUUGAAUUGCCAGGUGUCUCUGAUAUGUGGACAGUAGCUGCACCUGGAAAGACGACCAUCACAUUGGAGGACGGCGAAGAUGGCGUCGACGCUGGUCCUAUGCACGCCUUUCUUGUUCUUUCCCGCACUGACAGUUCAAUCGUUCUUCAAACCGGUCAUGAGAUCAAUGAGGUGGACAGUUCAGGCUUUAGCACGCAAGGCCCUACUGUUUACGCAGGCAACCUGGGAAACAACAAGUACAUAGUGCAGGUGUGUCAAAUGGGUGUCAGGUUGUUGCUAGGUGUUGACCUGCUGCAGCACAUCCCCUUGGACCUUGGAUCCCCAGUCGUCCACGCUUCCUGUGCCGAUCCCUACGUUGUGUUGCUCUGCUCUGACGGCCAGGUGAUUUUGCUAACCUUAAAGGAGGCCAGACAACCUUCCAUGACAAGACUUGCGGUUUCCAAACCCGGCAUUUCUUAUCGACCCCAAGUCACUGCGAUCUGCGCUUAUCGAGAUGUGAGUGGACUGUUCUGUGGAGCCGUGGCAUUUGCAGACGGGGAAGAUGAGGUGGAACAAAUAGAUUCUGAGGUUCCAGCUUUUGAAAUUAAGAAAGAGGUGGACGAUGAGGACGAACUGCUCUAUGGCGAUUCCGACAUGCCGAUUGUACUGCAGCCACCUGCUCCAGAUCCUGAACCUCAAGCUCCAAAGAAAAAUACACUUUGGUGGCAGCAUUACUUAGUAGAAAGAAAACCUACUUUUUGGUUGUUGCUGGUCAGAGAGAACGGAACUCUAGAAAUUUAUUCAUUGCCGGAUUGCAAUCUCUGUUUCCUGUCUAAGCACGUUUCAACAGGCCCAAGGGUUCUGGUAGAUAAUCUGGAAAUUGCUCCGUUAGCAACAAACACCUCGACAUCUAAUACUGAAGUGCCAAUCUCGAUCAUUAGGGAGCUCCUGGUAGCUCCACUUGGCCAUUUGGGGUCUAGGCCACUUUUAAUGAUGCGCCUCGAUGAAGAACUGCUCCUUUAUCAGGCAUUUUAUUACGCCAAAGGACAUCCUAUGCCCAUCCGUUUCAGCAGAAUGGCACACGACGUUUUCACAAGGGAACGCAAACCAAAGUCAAAAAAGAAGCACGCAGCAGAUGCACCAGCAGAGACCACGGAAAUGAGUGUGAUGACCACUGAUCCUGUGAUCUGCCAACUGCGGUAUUUCCGAAACAUAGCUGGCUACAACGGAGUUCUAGUUUGUGGUGUUUCUCCUCACUGGGUAUUUCUCACAGCCAGGGGUGAGCUGAGAACCCACCCCAUGCACAUCGACGGGCCCAUCCCCUGCUUUGCGCCUUUCCACAAUGUCAAUUGCUCACAGGGCUUCCUCUAUUUCAAUAAUAAGUCUGAGCUUCGAAUCUGCGUUUUGCCUACACACCUUUCGUAUGACGCCCCUUGGCCAUGUCGAAAAGUACCUCUGCGGUGCACCGCACACUUUGUGGCGUACCAUCUUGAAAGUAAAACGUACUGUGUUGUCACAAGCACGUCCGAACCAUCCAGCCAGAUUUUCCGAUUCAAUGGAGAAGACAAGGAAUUGACGGCAGAAAAACGAAAUGAACGGUUUCCCUUGCCUUCAGUCCCCAGAUUCAGUUUACUCCUUUUCUCUCCUGUUUCCUGGGAGGUCAUCCCAAAUACAAAAACAGAACUGGAUGAAUGGGAACAUGUGACAUGCUUGAAAAAUGUUCGCCUUGCCGAUGAAGGCUCUCAUUCGGGCUUGAAAGGUUUUGUGGCAAUUGGGACCAAUUACAAUUAUGGAGAGGACAUAACCAGUAGAGGAAGGAUUUUGAUCUUCGACAUCAUCGAGGUUGUACCUGAACCAGGCCAGCCACUGACCAAAAACAGAUUUAAGUCUCUCUACUCCAAGGAACAAAAAGGCCCGGUCACAGCUAUUUCCCAUUGCAGUGGAUUUUUAGUAUCUGCAGUUGGUCAAAAGAUCUACAUCUGGCAAAUGAAAGACAAUGACCUGGUUGGCAUUGCCUUCAUUGAUACUCAGGUCUACAUUCACCAAAUGUUCUGCAUCAGCAGUCUCAUUUUGGUUGCCGACGUCUACAAGUCAAUCUCACUUUUGCGCUUUCAAGAAGAGUACAGGACACUUUCUCUUGUGAGCAAAGAUUUCAAACCAGCAGAAGUAUAUUCCACAGAGUUUCUAGUAGACAAUUCACAAAUGGGAUUCCUCAUCUCCGACAGAGAAAAAAACAUAGUUCUUUACAUGUACCAGCCUGAAUCUAGAGACAGCUUUGGAGGUCAGCGAUUGAUUCGCAGGGGUGAUUUCCAUCUCGGUCAACACGUCAAUUCCUUUUUCAGAGUAAGGUGUCGAUGGCAGCCAGAAUACUCAGUGGAGAGAAAGUUGCCAGCUGGUUCAGACAAGCGCCAACUUUCAAUGUUUGCAACUCUUGAUGGUGGUCUCGGAUACAUACUCCCGUUGCCCGAGAAGACUUACAGAAGAUUACUUAUGUUGCAAAAUGUAUUAGUAAACCACCUGCAGCAUGUUGCUGGUCUUAAUCCGAAGGCUUUUAGGACAUUCCGAAACACAACGAAAGUUUUAGGUAAUGCAGCACGUGGAAUUGUUGAUGGGGAAUUGGUGUGGCAGUUUCUUCAUCUGCCAGUUGGUGAAAAGUGGGAUGUUGCCAAAAAAAUAGGCACCAAAGUUGAUGACAUUUUGGACGAUAUGAUUGAUAUAGAGAGACUUUCUGCCCAGUUUUAAAUUAAAAAGCGUAAUACAUGAAUGAACGUUAUUAUACAUUCUACAUUGGUGUCCAAAAUUCUUGCGAACUUUGUAAUAAAAAUUAACAGCUUAUCUUGCA